AUGCUUUAUACGCUAAUAUGGGUUUGGGUCUUACUGCCGAUCUGGGCACAGGCAUCACAAGAACAUUUCAAUCGUAAUGAUAAUAGUAAACAACUCCAGUUUGAAAAAUACUCUUUUAAUAGAUUUGAAUUGAAGCAUUACAGAGAGACAGUAAAGGAUUUGUUCCAUUUUGCUCACGAAAAUUAUUUACAAAAGGGUUAUCCGUAUGAUGAAUUGAGACCCAUUGCAUGCAUCCCCAAGACAAGGAAUUUCGAGGAUCCUGAUGAUGAAAUUACCAAUGAUGUUUUGGGAAAUUUCUCUGUUACUUUGGUGGAUUCUUUAACGACUUUGGCUGUUAUGAAUGAUCGUCCUAAGUUUGCAGAGAUGGUUAAGUUGAUUGAAGAUACAUUUCCCAAUAAAUUCAAUAUCGAUUCUACCGUACAAGUAUUUGAAACUACAAUUAGAAUAGUUGGUGGCCUCAUAUCAGCUCAUUUGUACGCUACAGAUCCUUCUAAAAAAGUGUAUUUGGGCGAAGAAUAUAAGGGCUCACUUUUACAACUUGCUAAAGAUAUGGCAGAUCGGUUAUUACCUUCUUAUCUGACUUUAACGGGGUUACCAGUGCCGCGAAUCAAUUUAAGAAGUAAGUUUGACCCGAUAAGCGUGGAAUCAGUUUCUGAAAAUAAUGUAGCAGCUAUGGUAUCACCAAUCUUUGAAUUUACCAUGCUCUCGUAUUUGACGCUGGAUUCUAAAUAUGCAGAUGUCACCAGAUAUGCAAUGAACAAGACCUGGGCGCUAAGAACCGAGCUACAACUGCUGCCGAUGUCUUUCAACCCACAAUCGGGUCAGUGCUAUACCCCAAUUUCAGGUGUCGGUGCCUCUAUAGAUUCAUUUUACGAAUACGCACUAAAGGGAGCGAUUCUAUUUGAUGAUGAUGGGUUGCUAAAGAUUUGGCAAGAUGCAUACAAUUCCUUAAACACGAAUUCAAGAGCUGAUUGGUUUUACACAAACGUACAAUCUACUACUGGUCAAUUACAAACACUUUGGAUAGAUUCCUUAAGUGCAUUUUUCCCAGGGUUACAAGUUCUCGCAGGUGAUGUGGAAGAUGCUAUCUUAAAGCAUAUGCUAACGCUCAAACUGUGGAACACAUUUGGUGGUGUGCCAGAAAGGUGGGACUUCCAAACUUUAGCCGCCUUUGAAAAGAAGAAAGAAUUUACUCCUGAGGAUAUAAAAUCAUUUGUGCCCUUAGAAUGGUAUCCAUUGCGUCCAGAAUUCGUGGAAUCCACAUACUUCCUAUACAGAGCAACGAGAGAUCCUUUUUAUUUGAACGUUGGUGUUGCUAUCUUGGAAAGUUUACAGACGAGGUUUAAACACGAAUGUGGAUUUGGCGGGUUCCAGGAUGUAACAACGGGAGAGCCACAAGACCGUAUGGAAACUUUCAUAUUAAGUGAAACUCUCAAGUAUCUGUACCUCUUAUUUGAUGUGGAUAACGAAUUGCACAGCACGAGAGAUAAUGUCGUCUUCAGCACAGAGGCUCAUCCAAUGUGGCUUACCCCCAAGAUGAUAAACAACUACGAGCAGAACAAGUAUUUCAACGAUACGGUUUACAGAGAACAUCUAAGAGCAUGUCGUAAACGUGAUAGAAAAUCUGCGCUUCAUGAGAAUGAAAGAACCUUUAUGGGGGGUAAACUGCUAAGAUUUGCCAAAUCCCUCUUUACUGCUGACCAAGAACCUACAAAGGAUAUUAGCACACAUGCCCAACCUGAACCUGAAGAACAACCGGACGCCAGCAAGCCUUCUGUGUAUGAGCAAAUGUGCUUCCCCGUGGAUUUCGCUGCUCCCCACACCGAUAAACCUCAGUGGUUACAUUCUCACUUAUUAAGCCAUUUCGAUAGAUUAUUUGAAAUCGACCGUCGCUACAAUUCAACUCUAAUAAGACCCAAGCACAUGCAAAACGUGGUGCCAAUGGAACUACAGCGAGGGUUUUAUGAAAAAUGGGCUCAUGAUAAAUUUGCUCACAGUAGACCUAUGCCGUCAACGGAAGCCCUAGAGAUCGUACUUGAUCUACCGGGCGAGUGUCAGUUAAUCAGAUUACCAGAUGGUAGCAUCCACAGAGAAACUUUGGGAGGUCGUAAUAAGAUCCGUCUCGAGAAGAUUGAACCUGGGAAAAUAGACGUCUACGGACGUAUUCUCGAUCCACAGCUUUUCGUGAGUGCAAGGUGCAAAGACGUUUUUAAAUCAACGUGUGACAAAAUUGAUAGAUUGUACACACCAUCUCUUCUGUACAGAGCCACAGUGCUCAACGGAAUAAAUCUACCUGCGGAUGCAAAUUUGACCAUUAACCGGAAAACGGUCUUCAAGACUCAAAGAGAAGAGAAUACUUUCCGCGAUUUGUUUGGUCAAAACAGCUAUAACCAGUUAAUGCUCGAGUGUACCCCCAUCAUCAACAUGCUAAUGCAGUGA